CCUAGCUCUUAACAUUCUCUUUUAUUUGAUCUAAACUUCAAAGAAGAUACUAAUAUGUACCAUGGUCUUAGGUCUUCACUAACAAACUUCAUCUUUGGGUCCCUCUGCACCUCUUCCCUUCACCCUUUCUAGUCUUGAAAUGGUCAGAAGAUAGAGUAACAACAAAAUAUGGUCUUUGAACCCAGACAGAGGUAGAAUUAUUAUUCCUGCCCUCCAGUAUCUUCUUAAUAAAAGGCAACUACUGAUGGUAAACAAGGGCUAACAUUUUUUGAGCACUUACAGUGUGCCAGAACCAUUCAAUUUAAUAUCUUUUGCGCAAUUAAGUAUUAUUAUUGACAUCUUACUGAGGAAGGAAAUGUAGGUUUAGAGGGGUUAACUUGCUCAAGAGCAGAGGCAGAGCAAGGAGCCAAGGGUCAGAGUCUGGGUCACUGCACCUUUCCUCUCCCGAGGCCCCAGUCUCUGAGGCGCAGACUCUUUCCCUCCCCCCUGCUAGUGCAGCACUGCCUGGCCUUCCUGCCUGGGCCUUGCGCCGCCGUCAUCUAAACCCAUGGCUCAGCUCUGCCAGCCUCCUAGCGACUCCAAUGCCCCAUCUGAUUGACCUGACUCAGAAACUCAGCCAGACCAAGCGAGAUCCUUAUGAGGCCCACGGCCUUUGAGACAUUCUCUUCUAGGCAGGCUCUGGGUUGCCAUCGCAUCUCACAAACUGAGGUCCAGAACCUAAGAAAUGCUCUCCACGUGAGAGAACGGGGUUGGGAGACCAGCCGUGGGCCCUAAUUUAGGACGAAGCCAGGGCAGAAGCCAGCGGGGCCCCACAGGCAACUAGAACAGGCUUGUCCGUCUCCAGGCAAAACUCCAAAGAGGUAGAACAUUCCUUCAUAGCGUACCUCACAGUGUGAGAACACAGGGGAGGUUGUGGGGCGGGGGUGAGGGGGGGGAAGAGCUCAGGUUUCCGUUCCAGAGGGAGGGGGCAAGAAUCUCUCCCUCUUUGUCCACAGAACGAAGGACGCCAUUCUCCACCCCGCCCGGCCUGGAAGCCGUGGCGUCUGCGCCUGCGCGUCAGCAACGUGGGCGGGUGCGCAUGCGUACGGCGCCACGCCUGCGCUUUUUCAGAGGCGGGAAGGGAGCGGCGGUUGCUGACUGAGCUGCUUCGGUAACGGUUGACUGAGGUUUAGUCAACUUCAUGUUGUAAAGUUGGAGUGCUAAAGAAAAAGUUAGAGACUUUGAUAUUGAAGGAAAUGAAGAGAAACCUAAAUGAAAAUUCAGCUCGAAGUACAGCAGGCUGUUUGCCUGUACCAUUGUUCAAUCAGAAAAAGAGGAAUAGACAGCCAUUAACAUCCAGUCCACUUAAAAAUGAUCCAGGUGUCAGUACUGCUUCUGACAGUUAUGAUUUCCCUCCUCUACCAACAGAUUGGGCCUGGGAAGCUAUGAAUCCAGAGUUGCCUCCUUUAAGAAAACCAGUGAACACAGGGCAAAUACCGCUUUCAGUUUCUCAUCCCCUGAGAAAUCAAGAUUCUGUGUCUAUAUCUAUUCAAUCAAAUGCUGAAAGAAGCAAGAGUGGUUGGAGCUACACAGAUGGCAACAAAAAUACCAGUUUAAAAACUUGGGAUAAAAGUGAUUUUAAGCCUCAUUUUAAAAGAACGAAUGUAAUGUCAGAUAGUGGAAUAAAUUCUUAUCCAAAGAAUUUGGGAGCUCAACAACAGAAACAAUUGAGAGUAUCUGAAUCUACUAACUUAUCUCACCAAAGAGAAAGUGAAUUACUCAGACAAACACAUUCAUCAAAAAUAUCUGGCACCACAAUGAGAAGUCUAGACAAAAACAAUGCAUUACAGGCAUUUAAGCCCAGUUUGCAACAAAAUCAAUUUAAGAAAAAAACGUUGGAUGGUUUUCCGGAAGAAAAUGCCCUCAAGGAAGCCCCAUCAUAUCAGUUAAAGCUUAAGGAAAAGGAUAAUUCUUUAAGAAUUAUAUCUGCAGUUAUUGAAAGCAUGAAGUAUUGGCGUGAACAUGCACAGAAAACUGUACUUCUUUUUGAAAUAUUAGCUGUUCUCGAUUCAGCUGUUACACCUGGCCCACAUUGCUCAAAGAAUUUUCUUAUGAGAGAUGGGAAAAGUACUCUGCCUUGUGUAUUCUACGAAAUAGAUCGUGAACUUCCAAGACUGAUUAGAGGCCGAGUUCAUAGGUGUGUUGGAAACUAUGACCAGAAAAUGAAUAUUUUCAAAUGUGUUUCUGUCAGACCAGCAUCUGUUUCUGAACAAAAAACUUUCCAAGCAUUUGUUAAAAUUGUAGAUACUGAAAUGAGAUAUUAUACUAAUGUAAUGAAUGAAAUUUAAGUAGUGACGAAGGCAGUUUAAAUAGUAUAAAUUGAAAGCAGCAUUUAUCUGUUAUUGUUUAAUCUACUGUCUACAUGGUUCUAUGGCUACUGUUUUUCUGUAUUUCACUUGUUAAAUUAAAAUAUUUAAAUCCUUUUAAGUGUGGAAAGAAUUUUUGAAAAAUAAUUUUACUAUUUUAUAAAAAUGCUAUUUGCUAAAAUUAAAAAACAUUUCAAAUAAAAAUAUUCAGUAUAAUAAAAAUAGGUAGCUACUUAUUUGACAUGGGAUGAUAGUACACUUGAGUCAGCCUAAAAAGAGGCAACAUCAAUCUUAAUGGGGAAAUAUGGAGACAUUCUCACUAAAGUCAGGAGCACGGCCAGGGCGCUUACUGUCAGUACUGUUACUAAGUAUCAUACUGCAGUUGCUAGUUUAUGCCGUUCAUUUAAUUCAAAUAGUUAGAGGGCAUAUACUUUGUGCCAAGCACUAUUUCAAAGGCUUGUAAACAAAGUAGCUAACAGAGAAACAAAAAAUCUGAAUUUAUGGGAUUUGUAUUCUAGAACCCAUAGAAUACAUUAGACAAAAAAGAAGUAUUUAGGGUAUAAUAAUUAUUGCUAUUGGCAGAUGAUAUAAUUUUAUAUAUGGAAAACCUAAGAGAAUCAACUGAGAAACUACUGCAAAAUGAGAUAAUUUGGUAAGGCACUAGAAUGGAAAACUCAGUAUGCAGACAUCAUAGGUAGAUGUUAUUUAUAUGACCUAAACCAUUAGAGUGCAGAAUGGAUAAAGACGCCAUUUGAACAAAAAAAUCUAAGACCAACCAAUACUAAAUGAUAAAUGUGGAAAGUGCAUAAACAAAACUUUAAAAUACAUGCAAGUGAAGGGCACGAAAGAAGACGUGGACAAGUGGAAAAAUAAAUCAUUUUCUAGGAUAAGAAGACAAAGAUAUUGAUUUUUCUAAAAUUUAUUUAUAAUUUCUGUAGUUUUUCUUUCUGUAUGUGUACAGAACCAUACAUAACACACUAGUCAGAUGGAUACUUAAGUUUAUUUAAAAAAUAAAUGAGAAUAGUCAGGAGAACUCUUAAAAAAACAAUAAAGAAUAGUUUUAUCAAAUAUUAUAAAGACUUAAACAUAUGUUAGUUAUCUAUUGUUGCACAACCAAUUACCCAACAAAUUAGUCGCUUUAAAAAAUAGCAUUUAUUUUCUCUCACAGUUUCAGCAGGAUUUCAGCAGUGGUUUGGCUGCGUGGCUCUAGCUUGGGGUCUCUUAGGAGGACUCACUUUAAUGAUUGCCCAUGAUUGCCAAGUGGGUACUUGCUGUUGGAAGGAGGCUUCAGUGUCUUACUAUGUGGGCCUUUCCAAAGGACUGCUCGAGUGUUCUCAUGACCUGGUAGCUAGCGUCCCCUAAAGCAGGUAAUCCAAUAGUGAGUUAGCUAGGUGGGGCUAUCCUUUAUAUGAUCUAGCCUUGGAAGUCCCAUAGCAUCGCUUUUACUAUAUUCUGUUUGUUGUUAAGUGAGUCAUUAAGUAUGGACCUUACUUAGGAGGAGGGAAGUUAGGUACCACCAUUUGAAGGAAAGAGUGUCGAAGAAAUGGCAGAUGUUUGAAAACUAAUACGUAUUAUGAAGGCACAUUUAUUCAAGCAAAAUAUGGUACUGGUUUAUGAGUAGAGAAAACAAUACUGGGUCACCAUGCUGUACAGUAGAAAACUGACAGAACACUGUAAACCAGCUAUAAUGGAAAAAAAAUAAAAAUCAUUAUAUAUGUAAAAAACAAUAGAACGGAAUUUGAAAUAUAAAAAUACACUCAAGUACAUAGAAAACUUAAUGAUAAAGAAAGGAUCUGGAGUCAGUGGGGAGGAGAGACUAUUCAAUAAAUGGUGUUAGAACCACUGGGAGGCUUCAGGAAAAAAUAGAGUUGAAUUUUGUACUAAGGUUUUUAAUGUAUUUUUCUUAUUCUUUUGUGGUCUUUUAAAAAUGUAUUUAACUUUUUCAUCCAAUUGGAAGUUAUGUUUGUGUGGGUUGCAAGGCACAAGGGUUUAUUUCCCUAAUAGUAUAUGCAUUUGCAUUUAAUUCUCUCUUAAUUUCCUGAGACCUGUCUUUCUGAAACAUUAUCUGCACUCUGGCCUUUCCUCUCUACAUCCUCUCCUCGUCCCCUUCCUUUAGAUCUCUAUUGCUCAUCAUUCCGUGAAGCGAGCAAGUGCUGGGGGGAGGGGGGUGAUAGUCUCCAGCUUUAAAAGCAGUCAAGGUGGAGGAGUCCCUUGGAAGGUACAUGAAAGGAGAAUGCAGGGGAUCAUGGCAAGUUCUUUUCCAGCUUUAUAGUUACUGCUUUGUACCAGAGAUUAAGUUGGGAGAUCAUAUCUAGAAAGAUGGUCUGUUUUCUUAUAGAAUAUGGUGUAUACUUUGACCAGAAACCUUUAUAUGGUGCUGUUUUUCCCAUGGCCCUGAUCCAUGAGUUUGGGAAUCAAAGGGUGGUAGCAGGACUUACUUCUCUCAUUAUGAUAUUAAAUCAUGUGCUCAUAGAAUUUUUGCUUCCUGCCCGUACAAUCUUGGUCUCUGCUGGUUUAGAAAUCUUAUUUUUUGCCAUAGUCUGGGUUGCCCAAAGGGCAGAGACUGAGCCAGAGUCUUGUUUGCAAGUAUUUGCUUGGGGAUGUUAUCUCAUGGGGAGAAGAGACAGAUAGACAGGUAUAAAUAGGGAAGAAGGGAGAGCCAGUUCUGGGGUGGCUUAUUGAGUUGGACACCACCCGAUGUGCAUAAGACUUGAUGAAAUGCAUCAGAGGACCAUCCACCUUAGUGAAAACAGGGGAAGCAUCUGUCUGUUAGCACCUGGUAUUUAAGGGCUGCCUGUGGGUCAUCAACUCCCUUGUACUUUCGGGUUGUGUGUGAGUAUUAAACUGGUUUCCCAUGCCAUUCUGCUCCAUGGAGUAAGAGAAACACUAGGGCAGGGCACAAGAAGCAGGUGGAGCAGGCAUGAGGUAGUAUGCUUAUAUUGUAUCUAUGUGAAGCUGGUUGGAAUCUGUGUGGACCUGGUUCCUGCAGCUGUGGCUGGAGUAAAAGAUGAUGUCUGGGGGAAUCUGAAGUGCUGUGCAAGAAGUGUCUGAUUCAGUUUUCAAGGGAAGAAUGCUUCUACCAGUAUUGCUUUAAUAAUUCUAUUCUAAUGGGAGCUGAGACUGCCGCAGCUGCCAGCCUACACCACAGCCACAGCAAUGUGGGAUCCUUAAGCCACUGAGUGAGGCCAGAGAUGGAGCCCAUGUCCUUAUGGAUACUAGUCCAGUUCAUUAACUGCUGAGCCACGGCAGGAACCUCCCAUUUUGGGUUCUUUAUGUCACUGAACCAACACGUAAACGAAAGAAUUACCAUAGCGUCUGGGGUAAUUCAAUCCAAAUUAACAAUGGCAAAUUGGGUUUCUCCAUAUGGUGAGGAAAGGAAAAGACCAGGCCUUGUAUUCUGGGGAUUCUUUGGGGUGCCAUUCAGUAAAAGUUAAUGGAAAACUUUAACAACCGAAUAAAAACCAGUAGCACAGAGGAUUCAGAUUCCCAAGGAAUGAAGCUUGAAGAGGAAGAACCCUGUUGGCUGAAGUGAUGACAAAGGGAAUAUGGGAUAGGUAUGGUAGAAGGAGUUAAAAAUGUUAGCUUAUGGCAUUGUGCUGAACUGCGGGUAAGGAAGAGCUGGAAACAGGAGUAGCAGUAGACAUGACGGUGGUGGUGGUGGUGGGUGCUAAUAAGGUUUUCCCAAAGGAGUCAGGAGCUAGAUGUACCUCAGUGGGGUGCACAGCUCAAUUUCCUUUUCUGUCUUGACCUGAGGAAGAAUUUGAACCUCAUCUGGGAGUUUAUUUUUUCUCUUAUUCUUGUCAUUUCCAAAUAUGUGCAUGUGGUUGAAUCAUAGACAUGUAAUGUUUAUUGACUGCAGAUUUAUCUUUCUCCUGGAAUAGGUUUGUGGGAAAUUGGGUUGUAGUGAGAGAUUCUGCUACCCUAGGGAUCUUUGCAAAAAUAUGUCUUUCAUGGUGGUACUCUGAUGGCUUCUUGUUGCCCACAGGAUAAAGUCUGAAUACCUUCAGCUCUGAGCUAUUUUGGAGUAUUUUCAGUCUGGUCCCUGCUUGUUUUAAUGGCUUUUCCGUUCAUUGUUUUUCACUGCUGAAAAUGUAGGUUCCAGCCCCACGGGACUACUGUCCAUUCCCUAAACAGGCAGUGAUUAGGCGUUUAUACAUGAGCUUCUCUCCAUCCCCACCUUCCCUGAAGUGUAGUCAGGUGUGAUUAGUAACUAACCAGUCACUGCUCCAGGAUUCUGAGAGCAUUUGUCCCAUAGAGGUCCUGGGAGGUUACUCUGUCUUUAAUGAGUUCCUCCAGGAUCUAGACUCCUUAGGGAUCCAGGGCCCCUUAGGCCCAAGGAUAUAGAAUGGGAGAUGUGAGAAGGGAUGUUGCAGACACAGGCGAUGACUACAGAGGCUGUCACAUCUCAUCCCUUAGUGAAUAAAGGGGAGCAGGAACUUGGGUCAGGGUCCUGGAGUCAUCCUUAGACACACUAGGUGAGUUUGCAGAGGAUGAAUGAGCUGGUCCGUUAGGGCCCUUCCCACCUGAGGGUCUUGAUUUCCUAGCUUGUGUGAUGUUCUGCAGGAGAGUUUUUCAGGUAUAAUAAUCCUCCUCUUCAUCUCUCAGCCUCUCAAAUUUCUCCACAAUCUAGAAAUAUUUUGACUGAUGUUGACCUGGUGCACUAGCCUUUUUAUUAAUGAUAGCAUCUAUAAAUAUAACUCAGUAAUGUAUCUCACAAGAUUGUGUCAUUUCAACAUAGCACCUCCUCUCUGUGAGGCAGGCAUUUAGU